AUGGACGGCGUCCGGCUGGUGCAGUCCUGCUUCCGCGGCGACGCCGAGCACGUCGCCGAGGCUCUGCGCGCGCGCGCGGACCCGCAGCGCGCGCAACCGCCCGACGGCUACACGCCGCUGCUCGCGGCCGCCUCCGCGGGGCACGCGGGGGCGGUGGCGCUGCUGCUGGGGGUCCGCGCCGAUCCGUGCGCGGCCGAGCGGGCGGGGCGCAGCGCACUGCUGCUCGCCGCGGCCCACGCGCACCUGGGCGUGGUGCGGCAGGUGGCGGCCUGGAUAGGCACCAGCCAGGCGCAGCUGGAGGCGCGGCCCGCGGACAGGGAGCCGACCCUGGGGCGCCGCGGGCGGGGGGCCCAAGGCCUCUGCCCUCAGUCGGCCAUCGUGGGAGCGGUGAAGGCCGCGGCCUCGCGUGGCGUGAAGCGCGCCUGCAGGGGCGCCCCGCCGUCGCUAGCGGACGCGGGCCCCCCUCUGGAGCCUCUGCCGAGGUCGGAGCUCGCAAUCGGGCAGCUCGGGGGCGCCGCAAGCAGCACCUAG